AUGAAGAGCGCUGCCAGACUGUGUCAGAAUGUUUACCGGCCGCGGCUGUGCAGGGCGUUCUCGUCCUCACCGCGGCGGCUGGAUAACUAUGCCUUCAUUGGCUUAGGUCAGAUGGGAUACCAGAUGGCACGCAACCUUCAAGCCAAGCUACCACCAACUGACACCGUCCGUGUGUUUGACAUCAACAAGGCCGCUGUGGAUAAAUUGGUGCAUGAGAUGAAAACGCAGCAGGCCGGUGGUGCGGUUGGCGUAGCAGCUACGGAUGCUGGCAAUGCGGCUAAAGAUGCGGACACAGUAAUCACCUGCCUACCGGAGCCGAAGCACGUCAAGGCAACAUAUGGUGAUAUUCUCUCCACGGUUGCCAAGUCGCAAAACGGACAGCCUUCCCCUCGGUCACAGCCGCGGUUAUUCAUCGACUGCUCGACGAUUGAUCCUACCUCGUCGCGCGCGGUCGCCGAGACCGUUUCUGCCGCGUUCCCUGGCGGUAGUGGCCACUUUGUCGACGCUCCCAUGUCAGGCGGCGUUGUCGGGGCCACGGCGGGAACCCUCACCUUCAUGCUCGGGGCGCAAGAGAACCUCUUCCCCCGGAUCGAGCCGAUCCUUCUACGGAUGGGCAAACGCGUCCUUCAUUGCGGGCCUCAGGGCGCGGGGCUCUCUGCCAAGCUCGCCAACAAUUACCUCCUCGCGAUCGAAAACAUUGCGACCGCGGAAGCCAUGAAUCUCGGCGUCAAGUGGGGUCUUGACCCCAAGGUCCUCGCCAGUGUGAUUAAUGUCAGUACGGGCAAAUGUUGGCCAAGCGAGGUCAACAACCCCGUACCGGGCGUGGUCGAAGCUGCGCCGGCGGGUCGGGACUACGCGGGCGGGUUUGGCAUCGGCUUGAUGAGGAAGGACCUACGGCUCGCGAUACUCGCGGCCAAGGAGGCGGGCGCUGAGCUACCCUUGGCAGAGAAGGCAUCGCGUGUGUAUGAGGACGCCGAGGCGGAAGAAAGGUGUAAAGGCCGUGACUUUUCUGUCGUGUACCGGUGGUUGGGCGGGAAGGAGUAA